UGAAGCGGCCGCCGCCAUGACAGUCGUACGUGUGUCGUGAAAGUUGGCGCCAUUUUUACUUCGUUUAAUCACAGUUUUGCAGCAUUAAAAUACAAUUUCAAGCGUUAAUUUUAGUAACAAAGUCAGAGGCAGUCUUGUGAAACGCGAAUCAACUGAAUAUAGACUUGUAAAGGUGAAGGCAGCUCAAAACACGGAAGAACCUAGACCAGAGCAAUCUAAAUAAACAACAGAAAACAAAAGGGUUGGUUAUUUGAAAUAAAAAACCCAUUUGUUUCCUUGAUGAUGUCCAUAUCAUGGUGAAACUGGCCGGCAGGAUGGAAGAGAACCCGAGAAUCGAUGAGGAUGAAGAAAAAGAAAAUAAAGAACAUCAAAAUCAUGAACUGGAGAAAAAUAGCACUCACACAGAAAUAGACUCGACAUCGUUAGAUAAACAAGUACGCCAAAAGGAAAAUCCAAUGCACAAUGAGUUAGAAAAUAAAGAAAUACAAAGCGAAAACGUACAAGAGACUCAAGAAGAAUCUCACAACCCUGAAUCUAGUAAUAUUUCAGUAGAAAACCAGAACAAUGAUGAGAUAGCAAUUGUAAACGAGAAUCGAACAGAUCAAAGUACGUAUGAAGAUCCAGGUGACCACUUAGUAGUAAGAGAGAAACGCAAAAGGGGGCGACCACGUAAACGUCCCCAACUCCCGAUCCUGACGAGAUUGGGAAUAUUCCAGAAGAAAAUCAGCAAAAUGAUGAAAUAUCAAUUGAAAACGAAGAUCAAAGUACACACGAAGAUCCAGAUAACCUAGUCGUAAAAGAGAAACGCAAAAGGGGGCGACCACGCAAACGACCGCCGUCUCCUGAACCUGAGGAGACUGAGGUCCCUGUCGUAAAGUCCUUGAAUCCUGUAGUGAAGCGGAAACCUGGUAGACCGCCUAAACCGAAAGACAGUGACGAUGAUGCAGAUGAUGCAAUAUGGAAGCCUUAUGAAUAUCGGAAGAAGCGGAAAAAAGGUAGACCGCGACUGUCAUCCACUCCUAUCUUAGUACCCAUACGCGGUAGGGGACGUCCGCGGCAUUAUUGCGAUAUUGGUGAAGAUGGUAGGCCACUACCUCAAACCUUGGAGUAUACAAUAANCACAAUAAAGAAUAUCGACGAAGAAAGCGACGGAGAAUACACGCUGUUUGUAUCGGAAGAACCGGAGGAACCUAUCCGAUUCCAUUGCGUGGUCAAUUUACCGACUGACUACUAAUAGACACCAGUCAAGAUGGUUGCAAAGAUGCACAAAAACGUGUAGUAG